AUGACAGAACAAACACUAUCCGGAAAAGUCGCAAUCGUCAGCGGCUCUUGCUCCGGUAUAGGCGCCGCCAUCGUGCGAGAGUUAUCCUCUCGCGGCGCAAACACGGUGGUCAACUACCCAUUUCCCGAGCUUCAACCGGAAGCAAAUAAGGUCAUCGCAUCUCUACAGUCCCCAUCCAUCGCCGUAGAGGGCGACAUGUCCAAGAUAGAAGCUCCACAAAAGCUCGUUGACGCAGCGUUGACAAAGUGGAAUCGUAUUGACAUCGUCAUCAACUGCGUCGCCUUGGCCGUCAACAAGCCAUUGGAGGAACAAACUCUCGACGACUGGGAUCUGCUUGUGAACAUAAAUGGCCGCGGAACAUUCCUCUUGACAAAAGCCUGUCUACCACAUCUAACCAAAGGAAGCGGACGUAUUGUGAACAUUGCGAGUAUUUCAGCUCGAGGUCCUCCGCCGAAUCAGACUAUUUAUGCUGGCACGAAGGGUAUGGUGGAUUCCUUCACCAAGUGCUGGGCCAAGGAACUUCCUCCGAAAUACGGAUGCACUGUCAAUGCCGUGAGUCCUGGUCCGACUCUGACAGAAGGCUUCGCUGCUGCUGGCGAGGAGCAGAUGAAGAUCCUUCAGCCGAUUAUUGAUCAGACUCCUGUUGGGCCGAGGAUGGGACAGCCGGAGGAAAUUGCCUACGCGGUUGCAUUUCUGUGCGAGGAGCGGGCGCGGUGGGUGAAUGGGGCGCAUAUUAUUGCUUCUGGGGGGUUGUUUAUUGAUUGA